UUGUAAUUUUAUACGGAGUAUUAAAUAUUCUAGACAAACAAGUAACUAUUAAGCUUACUUUGAAAGAUGGGGUACCCUGUUUUGGAACCGGAACCUGCAUGUUCUGGUUCCGGUUCCCAAUUUUUAAGAACCUGUUGAACAAGUUUCGGUUUCGGUUCCGGGUCCUAUUUUUAGAAACCUGUUGCAACAGAUUUCGAUUCCGGGUCUUGAGAUUUUUACAGGUACCCUGCUACGCUUAUCCCUAAUUCUAACCAAAAACAUAUCACAUUGCCAAAACUCUAGCUUUAUAUAACUUUAAAUGCAUCGUACCACGUAAUAAAAAAAGCAAAACAAAAUUCAAAUCAACAUUAAAUGCAAUCCAUCCAUCAAAGAAAGUACACAUCAAAUAACACUUUAUUUAUUAUACUGUAUGAUAAAAUAAAAUUAAUAAUACACCGACAUGCUUUAAAUUCACAUAAUAAUCCCAUAAUCACAUAAUAAUAUAAGGUGCAAAAAUGUCAAAACUUCAGCCCCGAGUUUCUCGUCAUGCAAUCCAACACGGAGAUACUGACACGACUAUGUAAAUCUUUCUCUCUCUUCUUCUCUUUCUCCUUUAAAUAAGAGUCAGAGUAUUUGCUAAAAAUCAAAUAUAUUUCCCCAGAAAUAUUCAACAAAUUAAUAAUAAUGAGAAUAUUUGGGUCAAGCCAGAAAAGAAUGUUAGUAUUAUUACAUUCUAUAAAAUUAAUGAUUUUAUUAAUGGGUUUCAUUACAUUAGUUGGGUUAAUACUGCUUAGUAUUAAGCUUGUAGAUCCUUCUACUGAAGCUGUAUUUUCCAUUACUUCUUCAUCUUCUGCAAAUGGGUUUUCAGAUUCAUCAGCUUUAAAUUCAAUUUCUGUUAAUAAUGAAGAAAACCCAGAUUUUUAUAAUCUUUCUUCUUCAUCUUUUUCUGUAUUAUCUCCUCAAAAUAAUCAUGGGGUUGUUGAAACGACGUCGUGUGCUACUGUUGAACAAAUGGGUCAGGUUUUUCAGCCUGGUUUUGCUGCUUGGAAAGAGUCUCUUCGUGUUAGGAGAUUAAUUCAUCAUCAUUUUCAAAUCAAUGGUCCUUCAAGAGUUCAGAAGCUCCCUCCUGAGCAAUUUUGUCGGCAUGGUUUUGUCAUAGCUAAAGCAUCUGAAGCUGGAUUUGGGAAUGAAAUGUACAAGAUAUUGACGGCUGCAGCAUUAAGCAUCUUGUUAAAUCGUUCCUUGAUCAUCGGGCAAACCAGGCAUAAAUUGGGGAAUGUAUCCUUUUGAGGACUAUAUUACUUAUAGCAAUGCCUCAUUUACCCUGAAAGAAGUCAAACAUUUGUGGAGAAAGAAUGGUUGUGUGGCAAAAUAUGGUCGUCAUUUGGUUGUUCGCAUUGAUGAUUUUCAAAAGCCUAUGCGUACAGGCAUCCUCUGCAGCAACUGGAGGAAGUGGCAGCAGCCUAUAAUUUGGUUGCAAAAUACAACACAUGCUGUUGCAGCUCAGUUUUUCCUGAAGAAUGUACAUCCUGAGAUGAGAAAUGCAGCUUACGAGUUGUUUGGAAAGCCAGAGCUCAAUUUUAGACCUAAUGUUUUUGGAGAGUUGAUGCGAGUUCUUAUAUCUCCUUCCGAGAGUAUUGAAGCUGCAGUAAAGUCUGUUCUUCCCAGUGGUGAAGAGCCAGAUAUCACAUUGCACAUGCGGAUGCUGACAAGCAGGUCAAUGUGGCCAGUGCAGGCUGCCCUAAGCUGCAUCAGAAAAGCCAUGGAGAACUUCGAGCAGGUGACAAGACCCAAGGUGGUUGUGGUCUCUGAUACCCCGUCUUUCAUAAGCACAAUCAAACCGAGUCUACAAGAACUUGCUGAGGUUCUUCACUUCGAUUACAAGCAUUUUAGAAGAAAUAUUUCUCUCGAGGCCAGCAGAUCACAUGCUUUACCAUUCAGGGCCAAGGAUUGGGGUCCAGCACCUAGAUGGGUUGCAUUUGUGGAUUUCUUUCUUGCAUCGCGAGCAAAGUAUGCUGUUGUUUCAGGGGCCAAUAGGCGAGUUGGAACUACCUAUGCCCAGCUAAUUGCAGCUUUAGCUGCAGCUCGUAAUCUCGAUGAAAUUUCCAACACAAACCCUAGUUUCUCAUUCCUAAGCAGCUUUCAUAGCAAUAUGCUGAGAAAUGGAUUGACUAAUCAGAUUGGAUGGGGACAUGCAUGGAACAGGUUUGCUGGCCCAUUGAGUUGCCGUGGGCAACCCAAACAAUGCGCAUACACGCCACUUCUUCCACCAGGUUGGUGGGAUGGGAUUUGGCAAUCUCCGAUCACUCGAGACAUUCGCAGAUUGAAAAUGUAUGGUAUCCGACUGUCUGGCUUGGGGACAAUUGAUGAAGAACAUCUUCAAUCUUACUGCAGAUUGAAGAAAAAUACAGGGGUUAAGGUUCCAGUGUCAUCAAUGUAGUAUACACAAGAGGACAUCUAAAUUUUGUAAGAAUAGGUAUUCUCAUUUCACCCUCGGUAUAUAUAAAGGCUAAUUCCUCUUGCUUACAUUCCGUAUAUUCAUUAUCGGGUAGGGGAGUCCAGUAUUUUAAUGUAUACUUCAAUUUGAAGCCAUUAUAUUUGUAGUACUAGUAGAGAAACCAAUCUUCAGCUUCAUUUUGUUCAAUAUUAUUACAAAUGAAUACAUGAGCCUCGGCUUUUCAGGUGAAUAGAAGAGCUUCGGCCUUAGAAGCCGAUCGAGCUUAAGCUUCAUGUACAAGAAAUUAUGGGUGUGUGUGCUCUUUGUAAAAGCAUUUAGAAGCAUAGAAUAAAGUAUGCAUGUUCUUUUUGAACGUGAAAUGCAAUGAGCCUGUGAGAUUUGGCCCUUUUAUAAAUUUAAUUAAUCAAAUUAAGAUCGCAAAUUGCGGUCUACUUAGCUUUGCCCACACGAAAAUGCA